UCCGCCCGGCAGGUGACAGCCGCGGGGCUCGCAGCGGCCGGCGGCGGGGACACGCACCGGGAGAGCUCGGGAGGCGGAGGCCGCGGACAUUUUGCUGCCGAGCCGCGCCGGGGGCAGCCGGGAGCCCUUCUGACCAGCGGAGUCUGGCCACAGAAAAGAGAUCAAAAUGACCGACUCAAAAUAUUUCACCACGACCAAAAAAGGGGAGAUCUUCGAGUUGAAGGCAGAGCUCAACAGUGACAAGAAGGAGAAGAAGAAGGAGGCAGUGAAGAAAGUGAUUGCUUCAAUGACCGUUGGCAAAGAUGUCAGUGCCCUCUUCCCUGAUGUGGUGAACUGUAUGCAGACGGACAACCUGGAAUUGAAAAAAUUAGUCUAUCUCUACUUGAUGAACUACGCCAAGAGCCAGCCCGACAUGGCCAUCAUGGCCGUCAACACCUUUGUGAAGGACUGUGAGGAUCCCAACCCUCUGAUCCGGGCCCUGGCCGUGCGCACAAUGGGCUGCAUUCGCGUGGACAAGAUCACCGAGUACCUGUGCGAACCUCUCCGGAAGUGCCUAAAGGAUGAGGACCCGUAUGUGCGCAAGACGGCGGCUGUGUGUGUGGCGAAACUCCACGACAUCAAUGCCCAGCUGGUGGAGGACCAGGGCUUCCUGGACACCUUGAAAGAUCUCAUCUCUGACUCGAACCCCAUGGUGGUGGCAAACGCAGUGGCUGCCCUCUCAGAGAUUGCCGAGUCUCAUCCUAGCAGCAACCUACUCGAUCUGAACCCCCAGUCCAUCAAUAAGCUGCUGACGGCUCUGAACGAGUGCACCGAGUGGGGCCAGAUCUUCAUUCUGGACUGCCUGGCCAACUACACCCCCAAGGAUGACCGGGAGGCGCAGAGCAUCUGUGAGCGCGUCACCCCCAGGCUCUCCCACGCCAACUCUGCCGUGGUGCUGUCGGCUGUGAAAGUGCUGAUGAAGUUCAUGGAGAUGCUGUCCAAGGACCUGGACUACUACGGCACGCUGCUCAAGAAGCUGGCCCCACCCCUGGUCACCCUGCUCUCGGCAGAGCCCGAGCUGCAGUACGUGGCCCUGCGCAACAUCAACCUCAUCGUUCAGAAAAGGCCUGAGAUCCUGAAGCAUGAGAUGAAGGUCUUCUUCGUGAAGUACAAUGACCCUAUCUACGUGAAGCUAGAGAAGCUGGACAUCAUGAUCCGCCUUGCCUCACAAGCCAACAUCGCCCAGGUGCUGGCAGAGCUGAAAGAGUAUGCAACAGAGGUGGAUGUGGACUUUGUACGCAAGGCUGUGCGUGCCAUCGGCCGCUGUGCCAUCAAGGUGGAGCAAUCUGCAGAGCGCUGUGUGAGCACACUGCUUGACCUCAUCCAGACCAAGGUCAACUACGUGGUCCAGGAAGCCAUCGUGGUCAUCAAGGACAUCUUUCGCAAGUACCCGAACAAGUACGAGAGUGUCAUCGCCACCCUGUGUGAGAAUCUGGACUCCCUCGACGAGCCUGAGGCCCGGGCGGCCAUGAUCUGGAUUGUUGGCGAGUAUGCAGAGCGCAUCGACAAUGCAGAUGAACUCCUCGAGGGCUUCCUCGAGGGCUUCCAUGAUGAGAGCACCCAGGUCCAGCUGCAGCUGCUGACAGCUAUCGUGAAGCUCUUUCUGAAGAAGCCAACAGAGACCCAGGAGUUAGUGCAGCAGGUUCUCAGCCUGGCCACUCAGGACUCGGACAACCCCGACUUGCGGGACCGAGGCUACAUCUACUGGCGCCUGCUCUCCACCGACCCUGUGGCCGCCAAGGAGGUGGUGCUAGCGGAGAAGCCACUCAUCUCUGAGGAGACAGACCUCAUCGAGCCCACUCUGCUGGAUGAGCUCAUCUGCUACAUUGGCACCCUGGCCUCCGUCUACCACAAACCCCCCAGCGCCUUUGUGGAGGGAGGCCGGGGCGUUGUGCACAAGAGCUUGCCCCCCCGUACUGCCUCGAACGAGAGCGCUGAGAGCCCCGAGACAGCACCUGCUGGAGCACCCCCCGGCGAACAGCCGGACAUCAUCCCCAUGCAGGGUGACCUGCUGGGUGACCUCCUCAACCUGGACCUGGGCCCCCCUGUCAGUGGCCCACCCGUGGCCACUUCCUCAGUGCAGAUGGGGGCCGUGGACCUGCUUGGUGGAGGCCUCGACAGCCUGAUUGGGGGCCCUACCUUUGCAGCACCACCACCAGCAGCAGCAGCAGUACCAGCCAACCUGAGUGCACCCAUGGGCAGUGGUCUGAGUGACCUCUUUGACCUGACCAGUGGUGUGGGCAGCUUAUCAGGAUCUUACGUGGCCCCCAAAACAGUGUGGCUCCCAGCCAUGAAGGCCAAAGGCCUGGAGAUCUCAGGCACCUUCACCCGCCAGGGGGGCACCAUCUCCAUGGACUUGCAGUUGACCAACAAGGCCCUGCAAGUCAUGACCGACUUUGCCAUCCAGUUUAACCGCAACAGCUUUGGCCUGGCCCCCGCCGCCCCCCUGCAGGUCCACGCACCACUCAGCCCCAACCAGACGGUGGAGAUCUCCUUACCGCUCAACACAGUGGGCUCGGUCAUGAAGAUGGAGCCCCUCAACAACCUCCAGGUGGCUGUGAAGAACAACAUCGACGUGUUCUACUUCAGCACUCUCUACCCGCUGCACAUUGUCUUUGUGGAGGAUGGGAAGAUGGAACGGCAGCUGUUCCUGGCCACGUGGAAGGACAUUCCCAAUGAAAAUGAAGCCCAGUUCCAGAUCAGAGACUGCCCCCUCAAUGCGGACGCCGUGAGCAGCAGGCUGCAGAGCAGCAAUAUCUUCACGGUGGCCAAGAGGAACGUGGAGGGCCAGGACAUGCUCUACCAGUCCCUGAAACUCACCAACGGAAUCUGGGUGCUAGCAGAAUUGCGCAUCCAGCCCGGCAACCCCAGUUUCACGCUCUCGCUCAAGUGUCGGGCGCCGGAGGUGUCGCAGCAAGUAUACCAGACCUAUGAGACCAUCCUCAAGAACUGAUGCCCUGACUGCACCCUGCCAGCGGCAGCUGCCACCUCCUGCCCCCAGGCCUCGUUGCGAGGCCUGACUGGAUCCUCGGGGCGUGGUAGCCCCAUACUUGGGACCCCCCCACUCUGCCAUCGCUGCUGACAUAUAGGGUCAGGUGAGGGGACCGAGAGCCUGGGCCGGAAUAGCAGCCACUGCUGGAUAGGGUGGCCUGGGUGAGUGGCUUUCUUCACGACCCUUCAGGCAGCUGCUCCAGAAAGUCCCCACACCUCGCCCCUUGGGUUGCUGUCUCGAGCAACAGUUCUCCCGUGUGUCACGGGUCCGACACCCCAGAGCUGAGCUGUCAGCCUCAUGCCUCGCUUCCCCCACUGCAUUCACCCAAGUGGGGCUCCCUGGAGAUCCCCAGCCCACAUCUGGAGAGCGGGCAGGAGUUCCCCGACCCCGGCAGCAAUGUCUUUAUAGACCCGGCUUUUCCCUGGGCCCCACCUCCCAGGACAGCCCCUACCUGCAAGAUUCUCCUUGGAGUCUCCCCUAGGGUCCAGGGGAGUGGGGUGUCCCCAGGGUCUGCUACGCUCCUUCCGCACCCCCACCCCAUUUCAUUUCUGUCUCACAGAGCAUUAGGUUUUCCUGUUACUGCUGUUUAAUAAUAAAGAAAGAUUCUGCUUUUGGCA